AUGAGCAGCAAAGAUGACCCGAGCAAGAGUUGUCCCGCGGCCGCGCCGAUCUCCAGUUUCACCAUCCAGUCCAUCCUAGGCGGCAGCACCACCACCGCCGCCUCCGCCGCCGCCUCGGAGGGAGGAGGCCGGGAGCCCGGCUCCACCAAGCCGCCCGCCUCCGCCUGGCCCAGUCGCAAGAGGAGCCUGUCCGUAUCCUCCGAGGAAGAGGAGCCGGAGGAGGGCUGGAAGCAUCCCGCCUGCUUCUGCCCGGACUCGCAUGGUCCUAAAGAAACGUGCCACAAACACCACCAGCCCAUCAGUUUCACGUGUCUCAGCAACCCGAGGGGAAACGGCGGGGCAAUCAGCUCGGAGAGGACGCCUCCUUUCCUCGCCCCGUCCCAGCCGGACUUCAAGGAGGAGAAAGAGAAGCACUUCGCGCCGGCUUCCCCGCCCUCGGCGGACCGGCCAAGGGACGGGGCGGACCGGCAAGGCGGCUCGGCCAAGAAGAAGACGCGCACCGUCUUCUCGCGCAGCCAGGUCUACCAGCUGGAGUCCACCUUCGACAUGAAGCGCUACCUGAGCAGCUCCGAGCGGGCCUGCCUGGCUUCCAGCCUGCAGCUCACAGAGACCCAGGUGAAAACUUGGUUUCAGAACCGCCGGAACAAAUGGAAACGGCAGCUCUCGGCGGAGCUGGAGGCGGCCAACAUGGCUCACGCCUCGGCUCAGACUCUGGUGGGGAUGCCCUUGGUGUUCAGAGACAAUUCCCUCCUCCGGGUGCCCGUCCCCAGAUCCAUCGCCUUCCCAGCUCCCUUGUACUACCCCGGCAGUAAUUUGUCAGCCUUGCCGCUUUAUAACCUCUACAACAAGAUCGACUACUGA